AUGGCGAUUGCCGAUGCGGGCGUCGCAUCUCUCCCUAAACCAUCUUCCUUGCACCUCAUUACUCCAUACCAGUCGGCAUCAAUCAUUAUGGCUCCACGCGAGGAGCUGAUUGCCUCAGCUGUUACCUUCCUCCAGGACCCAUCGGUUGCAUCGUCUCCUAUUGAAAAGAGGGUCUCGUUUCUCCAAUCCAAGAACCUGACACAGGAGGAGGUGGACAUCGCCUUAUCGCGAGUGGGAGAGGACCCAGCUGCCGCGGCCGCCGCUACAGCUGCAUCAUCCUCAUCACCUAGCUACUCCUCACAGCCAGUACCUUACCGGCAACCACCACCGCCUCCAGGACCUCCUGGGUAUGGCUACCCUCCAUAUAAUCAAUGGCAGCCGCCUCCUGAACCACCCAAGAGAGAUUGGCGUGACUGGUUCAUUAUGGCAACAGUAGUUGGUGGAGUUGGAUAUGGGUUGUAUACCGUCACGAAGCGUUACAUCGCACCUUUGAUCGCUCCGCCGACCCCUCCCCAGCUGGAGCAAGAUAAGCAAAACAUUGAUGAGCAGUUCUCCCGUGCGUUUACUUUGAUCGAACAACUAUCGACCGAUACCGCCGCACUGAAGACCGCCGAGGAAGCCCGCACCGAGCGCUUGGACGGGGCUCUCAAGGAGGUAGAGAACCUUGUUGCUGAUCUCAAGAACUCAUCACGGCGCAGGGACGAUGAGACUCGCCGCAUCAGCGACGAGGUGAAGUCACUGAAGGAUGCCAUCCCCAAGGCCCUCGAAGGUGCCCGGGAAGGAAAUGAGAACCGAUUGAAGGAGCUCGGAACUGAGCUCAAGAGCUUGAAGACUUUGUUAGGCAACCGACUUGGUGGUAGCGGAGCUCCCCCCGUUGUCGGCCGCACUGUCGGAGCGACCCCCAUUGCCAGUACCCCUCGCCCGGCUUCGGAAGAGACCCCCGCCCCCGCUACCCCCGCUGCCGCCACCAACAGCCUCGCUGCAACGGUGACUCCUGCUGAACAGGAACCUACUCAGGCCCCUGCCCCAGUGACCGCGCCCGCAACUCAGAGCCCCAACCCUCUCUCGCAGCUCGGUCGGUCUGCCUCCAUCCCGGCAUGGCAGAUGGCCGCAGCCAACCGAUCCAAGUCCAACUCACAGUCGAGUGCCCCUGCUACUCCUGCUGUUGAUGCGGUUGCUACCACGAGCCAGGAGCAGAGUGCUCCUGCCAGUUAA